AUGCACCUUCCCUGCGUCUUAAUAUUUUUCGCUGUCGCUAUCCGCCCAGUGAGUGCUGGUGCACAUACAGAGCCGUCGGACGUCGUGAACUCAUAUGGUCGACCUAAGGUUCCGGUCAAGAGGUACCUGAGGUCCCAAGAGCGCGCAUACGAUGUAGACGACGACGAGAGGACUGCAAAUGCCGAUGGUGUCGCAGAAUUUUUUGCCAGCAAACGUUCCGCAGAACCAUUGGUAUCCGACAAAUCAAGUAAGCGAUUCAGAGUUGGCGAUGUGGUGGAUGAUUCCACGCAGAUGGCGACAUGGCAGAAAGUCGUUGAAAAAGAUUACAAUGAGAACUUAGUGAAUACGGGUGGCGUUAAACGCGCCGGGGAUAUUUUGGAAUCCGAGUACCGACCAGGUAAGGUUUCUAGAAUUGGCGAUGCGGAGGAUCGUCCUAACAAGCACAUCGACAUUGGAGAAGACAAUAUUUUUGAACAGCCGAUGAUGGUCUCAUGGGUUAAGAUGGUGGACGAGCAUAACGCCAAGUACCCCAUUAAGCAAAUUACCUUGCUCAAUGAACUGCGAAAGUAUUAUUCAGUGAAACAGUUGGUGGAGGCUGCGGUUAAGUCUCCAAGCAACAAUAUCGCGACGCGAGUGCAAGACGAAUUACGUCAGCUUCUAUUAGCGGAAAAAACUACUCCAGAUAAUGUCUUCACUUGGCUCCAUCUUAACGAGUUGAAAGGCGAUCUUUUCGACAGCCCUCUGUACCCUUUUUAUAUGAAUUACUGGAUGUAUUACCUAUCCAAGUUACCAAGUGUACGAGUGUUGGAGGAUUUUUCGGUCGAGAAGCUGCCAAUAAUGUUCGGUAAGAUUCAAACGUCUGCCUUCACUCGCCGUGUAGAAGAAGAAAUUAUUGGGAAACUGCUGAAGUAUUGGAUCACUAACAAUACUGAAUUCACGAAAGUGAAAGAUGACGUGCUGAAGAUAGAACUAGCAGCGGAGAAGGGAUCGGUGUAUGAAAGCGCACUGCUUAAAGCCGCGCAUGCGUAUGCUGUAAGUGCUGGGAAAGAUUUAAAACCUUAG